AUGGACCGCCAGGCCACCGCAUUGCUGGUCGUCGCGCUGGUCGCCCUCACGGGGCUGGUGGCGGACGCCCGUCCCCAAGACACGUACUCGGACCGCUACGACCACGUGGACAUCGGCGUCAUCCUGCAGAACAAGCGGCUGCUGGACGGGUACCUGCGGUGCUUCCUGGGCGCGGACGACGCGCAGUGCGACCAGAUGGCCAAGGAGGUGAAGGCCGUGCUGCCCGAGGCGCUGCCCAGCAACUGCGCGCGCUGCACCCCGGGCCAGAAGGACGCCAUGCGCCAGGUGGUGCGCCACCUGGCCAAGGAGCGGCCCGCCGACUGGCGGCAGAUCCAGGCCAAGCACGACCCCGCGGGCGCCUACGCCAAGGCCAACCCCGACCUCUUCCAGUGA